UACACGUGACCUUUGAUUUAAGCAUCAUUUCUGUGUUGUUAUUGAAGAUAAUGAUAUUACUAUUUAAGCACUUGGUUCAAUGGCAUCACCUUACUAAACACGUUCAUCCGGUUUUUAUUUUCAUUAAAACUAAAACAGUAUAGUAUGACUAGUUCUUUUGAGGACAGUCUUUUUAAAGAUUACGUGGUUAUCGACAUGCAUUUCGACGAUUAUAAGGAAAUUCAACUAGAAAAGAUGGUUGAAAGUACGACAGCUGUUCAACGUGCUAAGAAUUCUGCAUCCACUAAUGGGGCACAAUGGACUACAAGUGAAAAAAUAUCAUCCACAGUAACGCAUCAAGAAUCAAAUUGUGUACAGCAUAAUGAAGUGUGUACAGAUGCAGAUAAUUUAACAUUAUGGCAACAUCCAAUCACCACAUUAAACUAUUUCUUUCGAGAACUGUUACUCGAUAUACUCUCUUUAGGAAAGAAAACAUUACGGUAUAAGCGAACUGUAUGGAGUACAAUUUCGCUCGUAGCAUUAUUUUUGUUAUUAAGUAGAAUUUCAGGACCACAGCAAGAAAUGUUUAAAGCAUGGGAAGCAAAAGUUAUAUGGUGGUUGUACUGGGUAGGUUUGGGUGUAUUGUCUAGUGUAGGUCUUGGUACCGGUUUACACACUUUUGUGCUUUAUUUGGGACCUCAUAUAGCAGCCGUUACAAUGGCAGCAUACGAGUGUGGAUCUUUAAAUUUUCCUGAACCACCAUAUCCAGAUCAAAUAGUAUGUCCAACGAUGAUUGAUCCAUUAUGGACAGCGGGUAUAUUAAAUAUUAUGAGAAAAGUACGGGUAGAGGCUAUGUUCUGGGGUGCUGGUACCGCACUUGGUGAAUUGCCACCAUAUUUUAUGGCCAGAGCUGCGAGAACAAGUCGACAAAAUAAUAAAAAUGAUGAAGCUGGCCAAGAUGAUUUGAAGGAAUUAGAAGCUUUAGAGGCAUUAGAAAACGGUGAAGAUGUGCCAUUAGUAAUGCGUUUGAAAUUAACUAUGAAACACUUUGUUCAAAAAGCUGGUUUCUGGGGUAUUUUGGCUUGUGCAUCGAUUCCUAAUCCAUUAUUUGAUCUUGCUGGUUUGACUUGUGGACAUUAUCUCAUUCCAUUUUGGACAUUUUUUGGUGCAACGCUUAUAGGAAAAGCAGUUAUUAAAAUGCACAUACAACAGCUAGCAGUGAUUAUAGCUUUUAACGAAGAGCUUUUAGAUAAAUUUAUUAGCCUAUUGGCAAUUGUGCCCUUUGUCGGUUCGCAUUUUCAAGAACCACUUAAGAAGUACCUUAUUGAACAAAAACAGAAAUUACAUAGUAAAAAAUCAAUGGAUGGAACAACAACGAUUUCUUGGCUUUUUGAUAAAUUUGUAAUAUUGAUGGUGUGCUAUUUUCUAGUGACAAUUAUUCAUGCAUUAGCUCGAAAUCAUCACCGUAGACGCGUAAAAUCUUCUACAGACUGAAAUUGAAGAUGAAUAGAUUGGAACAUUGUAAUGGUGAAAACAGUUCCAUAGUAAGAUGCAUAUAAAACAUGAUAUAAAAAAUAACAGUAAGCUGUUGAUGCUUUGUUUACUAUAUAUAUACAUAUACAUAUACAUACAUACAUACAUACAUACAUACAUAUAUAUAUAUAUAUGUGUGUAUAUAUAAGGACUGCGCAGUUACUUUUAUUUAAUCUUAUAAUAAUACAACAUAGAGUCUGAAUCUUAAUGGUUGCGAUGUAACAUCGUGCAAUAAGAAUUAUUUCAUUGAAGAAGUUCAAAAUGUAAAAAAACAGAAACAAUUAAAGUGAAAAACAAUUUUAGAAAUAGACUGGCUGUUUAAGCCAGCUCGAGGCAUUCAGAUUUAGACUCUAAUGUUAAACCAUAAAAAAUAAAAAUAUUUCAUGUCCCAAUUAAGCUAAGUAAGGUAUAAAUAGUACAUUGUACUUUUAUGUACGUGUAUGUCAAAUUUACACAUCGUGUUAAAUAGGCAAUGAUAAAAGUCAUUAAGGUAUUGUCUUACUUGAUAGGUAACAAAGAAAAAUACUUUUUAAUAAAUAAAACAUAUUUGUCCGAGAAAUGAAAAAAAAACAUGUAGCAUGUAUCAUGAUAGUGCUUCUUAUUACAUUUGUCAAUGAAAUAUAUUGUAUGAAUGGUAUAUUCAUUGAGAAGUCAUUAGUAGUGUUCAAUUUAUUGUACAAAAAGUUAACGAGGGAAUGAUAAUGCUCUAUUUAUUCGUUUGCUGUACAUUAAUUUUCUUUAUUUUAUUUAACGUAAUUUUUUAAGUCUGGACAUAAAAUAAUAAUAAAUAAUAUAUAUUCUUUCAAUUUGAAACAUUUUAAUUACGAAGUUUAAGUAUUUCUUAUUAGUAAUUAGAUAAUAAUUAAGUUAAAAUAGAUUUUGUAUAAAUAUUUUGAUUGGCUAAAUGCAACGAAAUUUUGCAAAAAUAAAAUCUAGAGAAAUAUUAGAUCAGCGAGUUUUAUAGAUCAUGCCAUUUGAAUAGAAAUUUUCUAUAAAAUUUCCAUAUUAAGUAUAAUAAAAAACAUUUGGAGGAAGAUAAUGUCUAGUAAUAUCAGAAGCAGACUUAAUGAUCUCCAAAAUUAAAAAGUAUUUUCCUUUUUGGCCUUGAUUGUAUGUAUUUUAGUAUUUUGAUACUUGUCUAGAUAAAUUCAUCCAGCCAAUCCAGGCAUUCAUGAUUAUUUGUUGAUGAAUACAACGUAAUGUAUAAUGUCUUAAAUUAUAUUAUGUAAUAUAUGGAUAAUAUAUCAUUUCUCGCUAAAAAUAUAUUAUCACUGUAUUGUACAAUUUUUGUGACAUAAUAUAUACAUAUAUAUAAUGAUUUUAUAUAUUAUCCAUUGCAAUUAUAAUUUUCUUAUAUAAUGCCUGGAUAUUACCUGUUGCACAGGAAUUACAUAUCUGUGAUGUGUAUCUGUGUUUGUUGAGAUCCUAGGAAACAUUAAUUUUUCAUAAAUAAUAAAUGUUGCAACAUUUUAAUUUUUAACCGAAUCAUAAGUAUUUGUCACUCUGGAUGUAAUGAUUGGCUUCUAAAAUCUUUUGCCCUUUAUGAAUGUAUCUAUAAUAUUGAGUUAUUUACCUUCUGAAAACAAACAAACAGGUUUUCAGUCAAUUACUGUUAAGAUAUUGCAGUGCUAUUAAAAAUAUAUGUCGAAAGAACAAUUUUUUUUUUUGCUUUAUGUUUGACCUUAUAGAAUUCUAAGUAUAAUCUGCUUUUUGUAUGCAAGUUCAACAACUUCCUUUGCAUGCUGAAAUGCUUUAUAUACACAAACGAGGUAUCGGUGAAUAAAGUUUUAUUUAUUCUUUACGAAGAAAGCAAAAUGAUGAUUUUUAACCUGACAAAAUAAAAUUACAGAUAUAUUAUGUAGAAAAUAAUGCGAGCGGAAAAAAGCGGAUGAAAGUCAGAGAGAGAGAGAGAGAGAGAAUGUUUAAUGUGUAAUGCAAUUUUCGAGUAUGCAUAUCUCAUCUUAUGCAAGUAUAAUGCCAAACUUAAUACAUAUGUAUCGAAUAUAAGAAUGAGAGAGAUAAUUUCGGUGUACGAUCGUAUGGUUGUUGUUAUCGUUAUUGUUGUUGUUUCAGGGGAAGCGAUAUCGCCCUUCACGGAUAUAAGCUUUAUGUAAUAAUACACGUGCCUGCGAUAGCUAUAAUAAAGAUCUGACAUUCCAA